AUGGUCGUGAACAAUCCAAACAACUGGCACUGGGUGGACAAGAACUGCAUUGACUGGUCGAAGGCAUACUUCAACAGCAACUUGAUUGGCUUGUCUGCUAAGACGGACGACAACAGAGACGUCCAAGUCAAAGCAAUUUCUUCUCUCGAAGGAGAUGUCGAGGUCUGUCAGAGAAAGGGAAAAGUCAUUUCCAUUUUUGAUCUCAGAAUUGUUCUUAAUAUCGAAGGCUCCUCGGCGCAGGACAAGGAUUUCAAGGGAAGUAUCACAGUCCCUGAAUUGGCAUACGACACCGAGGAGGACGAGCUUCAAUUCGAUAUAAGCAUAUACAACGAGGACUCCGACUCUGAGAAGAUGAGAAUUGUAAUCAAAAAGGAAUUGGUCCCUCAGAUCAAGUCUGUGUUGAUGAACUUUGGUGGCGAUUUGAUCAAGGAACAUGGGUCGGACAUCCAGCAUGAAAGUGACAAGGUCCACUCGAAACUCACCAAAGAGAACCAAUCCGCCUUACAAGCAAAGGAAGCCAAAGACAAGGAACAAGCCCAAAAGCCAGCUCCCGUACCGUCGGCACGCCCAGUAACUGAAACCUCGAGUUCAAGUGUUCCAAAGUACAACACGUCUACCUUGCACUUAGAGCCUACAUUUAACACAACUGCUGAGCAAUUAUACAUCACUCUCUUGGAUCCUGCGAGGGUGUCCGCCUGGUCCAGAUCCAACGCGCAAAUUCAAGCCAAAGAGGGUUCUGAGUUCCUGUUGUUCGGUGGGUCGAUUUCAGGCAAGAUUCUUGAGUUGGUGACCAACGAGAGAAUCCGUCAAGCAUGGAGACUAGAUUCAUGGAGAACUGGCCACUUUGCUGAACUUGACAUACAAUUGAAGCAAGGCGCAGGAGAAACCACCAUGGUGGUCAAAUGGUCAGGGAUCCCCAUCGGUGAUGAGGACAGAGUAAAGGGUAAUUUCCAGGACUACUACGUGAGAGCCAUCAAGUUGACUUUUGGGUUUGGCGCAGUUUUGUAG